CUGACUGCUUCUAACGUCAAUUAACUCCCCGUCCUCGCGCGCCCCACUCAGAGGGUGUUGGGGUAGAGAAGAUGGUGGCCGGUCUGAGGUCUGUGGUGACCGUCCUGGUUCCUGCUGUCUCCCUCAGUGUCGCUCGCCUUCCUCUACCUUACUACACGGAAAGCAACACCAUGACGCUGGCGGGAGAGGCUGUGGCAGACAUAAUACGGAGCACCAUACACACGGACGGAACCGCAUCCAUGUGUUCUGUGUCUCUCCUCUCUGACGGUGGCUCUCCAGCCUCCAGUGUCUUCACAGCAAUGAAAGGUUUAGAGACUCCCUGGGGAGUGUCAGUGUUCAAGGUGUCAGCAGACGGCCAGGACGCUAAUGUGACGUUGACGCAGCUCUCCCAGAUGGUCGGCGAGGCUCGGCGGCUGCGAGUGGUGUCACGCUGCAUGAUGAUGGUGGUGGUAAGCGACGACCGGUCCUUCCUCUCCUCUUUCGCUGAGUUAUCGUUUCAGCUCCGCCUCCUAGUAUGGUCGACUAGGCUCCUUGUUGCUACACAUUUACCACUACAAGAGCUACAACAUCUCCAUAAGGUUCUGGCCAGCAGGAACGCGAUGUUGCUGGUCACUGACAGUUCCUCGGUCUCGGUCAGGUGCAGUGUGUACGUGCGUCUGCCCUACAGUGCUCCAGGAGCCUCACCUCUGCAAGUGGCCUCCUGGACGCCCAGGCGGGGCCUCGUCCACUCCUCCAGCUUCACGCUCUUCCCUGAUAAAUACUUCAGGUUCGCCAGUGCGCCAGAGCUUACUAUAGCAGUAAUAAUAAUGGCGCACCAUGACGCUGUGGUUAUAGACGACCCCAGCUCCCCUGGCGGCAAGCGACUCACUUACAGUGGACCAAUAACCAACGUCAUUCGCUACCUGGCAAAAAGUCUCAACUUCACCUACAGGUACGUGAUGCCUCCUGAUGGUAGCUAUGGUACGAAGACCAAAGACGGCUUUUGGACUGGCAUGGUUGGACUGGUCAAAAGGCAGGAGGCAGACCUCGCCAUAGGACCUCUUAGUAUCACACUCACGCGGACUGAGGCAGUGGACUUCACUUGGCCCAUAUGGUACGACAGCAGUAAGAUUUUGGCUGGACGAGGGCGUCUGGAGGUGGACCCCUGGAGCUUCCUGUUCCCUCUGGAGCCGCUGGUGUGGGCGGCCACACUGGGGACGCUGCUGGUGCUGUCUGCUGUCACUUUGCUGGAGUAUCCUUACCUCUACCACAGGAGGGCUUCCUUCUUCCUCUGGUUGGAUGAUACCUACAAAUUUCUUCGGAUAUUUUUGCAGCAGAUCGUGUCCGCGGGAGUGAAGGGCUGGUGGAGGAGACUCAUGUUUGGGGCGUGGCUCUGGGCAACGCUGGUGUUGACGAGGAGUUACUCCGGCAACCUCAUGUCUCUCCUGGCGGUGAGGUUCAGUCCUCAGCCCUUCCAAACCCUCCGUCACCUCAUCAAUGAUCCUUCAAUAGUCAUGAUAUGGCAGAGCAACUCCAUAAACGCUGAGUAUCUUCGAGUACGUUGCACUCAACGUUAA